AUGGAAAUGUGCGAGCGGAAUCCUUUAAAUCCGAGCUAUGUUGGUUCUCUACUGAAUUUUGCUCCUCCUGAGUCGCUCUAUUUCUCCAACCUGCGGGGUAAUGGAGCCCACUUACCCGGCCUGCAUCAGCUCCCUUACAAUAGGAGAGAGGUGUGCACGCUCCCGUGGACUUCCCCAAGUUCGUGCGCGACUGGAUCACCAGUACCACCACAACCACCGCCGACACCAGCACAGAGCCGCGCUUUUGGGGGCUACUGUCCACCGUUUCUGUCCAACUCUCUGUCAAUAAAUUCAAACCUCAACAGCGGGCACGUGAAGGCGCAUUUGGAGGAGUCGGCGCGAUGCUUUCAGGGCACAAACCACAAGACGGAGGAGGCUGGGAGGCAGGGUGACGUUUACGCAGUAGAGCAUGGGGCCGCAUCAGAGCGCGGGUUCUCGGACCUGGAGAGACGGACUCAGCUCGAUCUGGACUCUGCAGGUUCACUAAAUGGCCUCAAACAGGAGCAGAAUCACGCUCAGUCAUCAUCAUCCAGUCACACAUGCAGCAGGACGACAUUUGCAGAAGGUGCCCCGUGGUGCUCGUCUCAAGUGAAACCCAGAAAGAAGAGGAAGCCCUACACUAAGCCGCAGCUGGCUGAACUUGAGAAUGAAUUUCUGAUGAAUGAGUUCAUCAACAGACAGAAACGCAAAGAGCUGUCGGACAGACUGGACCUGAGCGACCAGCAAGUGAAAAUAUGGUUUCAGAACAGGAGGAUGAAGAAGAAACGGCUGAUGAUGCGCGAGCACGUUUUCUCUGCGUACUGAUGACCUUUGGACUUGAUCAUGACCACAGAAAUAUGCUGUGUUUACUAUGAACCAUGCAACAUCUCACACACCCCGGUUUAUGGGAUGGACUUGUAUUUAUAGAUGUGUAUAAAAUGUUUUUAUUCCUGUUCCAUUACAGACUACAAUUUAAUCCCAAGUUCAAUCAUAACAACUCUGGUAAAACUUUACAGCAGAUUAUGAUGGGAUACAUUUUACGCACACAUUUUAAGAUUCCCUAAAUGCGCAUUGCAGCAGCGGGGUCCUGUUGCCUGUUUGACCUAUACACCAGCGUAAAACUAUAAUUAACAUUCAAGCCUAAUUGUUACCCAUUCAACCCAAAUAUUGCCCUAUUUAAACAGGAUUAUAGCUCUAUGUGUUGUGUGUUUUGUAUGAUGGCGCAUGCAGAGUAUUGGCUUGAUGUAGAAGUAAACAGUCAAGUUCAUGUUUACGGACGAACCAAACAUGGACUGAAGUUGGAAUAGGAAAAUAUAAAAUUGCAUGCCUUUUCCCCCAAAUAAUGUUGAUCGGUUAAAUGCCCUAUUACCCCCAAAAUUAAUAGUGAAUCUGAGUCUGGCUAAAAAAAACAUUUUGUUCUUUUGGUCCGCGCCCGCAUUCAUAUUCAGUCUGCGAAUGACAGUGCCAAAUAUAGUGUUGUGGUGAUAUUGAAUAUAAUGUCUGUUAAACAUGUGAAUUUGUGGAUUUUAAACAGUUUGAUUGUGUAACCUCAGAUGACAGAACUUUUAAAUAAUGACGGUGGAUUAUUGUCGCCAUACAAACCUGAUUUUUACGCACGAUCAUAUAGACUACAUUAAUAUGAUCACUCCUGCUCAGUAGAUCUAGUCUUUAUACAUACAUUAUUAAUUAAAGAUUAUGUUACUUGCAGGUGAUUUCUUUUAUGUAUCAUUCCAGAGAGCAUGUUAUAUACGAACAUAAGGAUGCGGAUCAGACAGCAGCCAUCUUUUUACGCACGGAUAUGAGAUUUUGUAAAAUGAACGAAACCUGCAGUUGAAUAAAGUUGUUAAUAAAGAUCAUUAUGCAAUAACA